AUGGCGUCGAUGAUCCAGUCCUUGAAGGCCCACCAGAUCUUCGACAGCCGCGGCAACCCCGCCGUCGAGGUUGAUGUGUGCUGCUCAGAUGGAACCUUUGCCAGGGCCGCUGUUCCCAGCGGUGCAUCAACUGGUGUCUAUGAAGCUUUGGAGCUGAGGGACGGUGGAUCUGACUACUUGGGCAAGGGUGUUUCCAAGGUUUUAUAA